AUGGAAAAUAACCAUGAAAGCGGCCAACUUGGAACGCCACAACCGGAGGAAACGGAUUUCCUGUGCCCAGGAUGCGAUCUUCCGAAUUCGGCCAGCAAUAUGGUGCAGUGUGACACGUGUCAAGCUUGGUGGCACCAAACAUGUGCCGGUGUAACGGAGUCCGUCGAGAAGCGACCGUGGAGCUGCAAAUUUUGUGUUCCGGUUCAGAACACACGAGCUCCCAGCACGUCCAGUUCCAAGGCUCGUCGUCGCGACCUCCAAUUGCAGCAGCUAGAGGCAAAGCGCGCACUGGAGAGUCAAGCAAGGAAGUUGAAACUGCAGGCCAAGUUAGAGGAACUUGAUGCAGAAAAAAUUUAUGUUGAUGAACGGUUCAAUCUACUCCAGGAACAAAUGGAUUCCGAUGACAGCGAGGUAAGCGGUUUCGAAAUAGAUCCGGAUGAGUCGCAGGUUCAAAGCUGGUUGGAAUCAACACCCGAAUCGGAAGGUGCAGCAAGCGAGCUCGUUCUUUCGGAAACUUCGCGCAAUCAAGGUGACCAGCAGCAGCCCCAUACGAGCAGCACAGUCACACUCACCACUUCCGAUCGACAACGACGAUACACCGGUGCGUUUCCCCGCAGUAAUACUGGCGCACAGGAAAGCUCUAGCUCCCGUAACCUAUGGAGCAAAUCACACGCUUGGUCGAUCAUGGGCGUGCACCAGUGGGAGUCGGUUAUGCUACAGCAAGGCGUUCUUCGAAUGCAGGAUCCGAAAUCGCGCGCCAGCAUCGCGAAUCCAGGUACCGAGGCCACAGAAUCCAAUUCUAGAAGGCAAGGAGUGGAAAAGCAGCCAACAACAGAACCAGCUAGUUAUCGGCGAGCAUCGCUACCGGAUCGACAUUUUCCGAUCCCACAUUUGGUGGACAAUUCGUCUGGGUCUCAACCGGGACCAUCCAAGGAACAUCCCCCGAAUCAUCAAUCAACCAAAUCGAAGGUUCAGCUAAAUUCGACACCAAAGUUGAAUGCCGGAGGCGGUUUUCGAGGUCCAAGUGGUGCACAGCCGAAGGGUGGCAAUAUCGGGACGAGGAACCAGGCGUCGUUGGGAGGUACUAGAGAGCCUUCGUUCAGCCGCCCAAUGUCGGCGAACCGUAACAGCCAUCCUCCCCCUCUCAACCCCCUCCAGCAAACACAAGGUAGGAACAUUCCACUUAAUACUUUGCCCAGACCAAUAAAUGAUUAUAAUGCCCAUGUUAAUGACCACCUCGAACCAUAUAUUAAGCAACUCGGUCUUGGACCUAAUGAGCUGCCAGUUGUUGCAAAUGUUAUGACCUCGUAUCAACCAUCCCCCUCGCAACUAGCCACACGCCAGGUCAUGAACCGACCUUUGCCAGAAUUCUCCGGUAACCCGGCCGACUGGCCGUUAUUUAUUAGCAUUUUUACAAAUACUACCCUGGCGUGCGGUUUUAACCCAGCUGAGAAUCUCGAUCGUUUGCAGCGCUCUUUGAAAGGCGUAGCUUUAGAAGCCGUGCGCAGUAAACUUCUACUUCCCGAGUCUGUGCCUCAAAUUAUAGACACUCUGCGUUCUUUAUUCGGCCGACCAGAGCUUCUUAUUGAUUCCCUGUUGAAAAAGGUCAGAUCCCUUCCCGCUCCUAAAGCAGACAAGUUAGAAACACUGAUGGAGUUCGGUAUAGCGGUGCAAAGCCUGUGCGACCAUUUAGUAGCCGCGAAUCAACGCGCACAUUUGUCGAAUCCCACGUUAAUGUCUGAGCUUGUCGGUCGUCUUCCCACGCAGCAGCAACUCGAGUGGUCUGACUUUAGUGUUGAGUUCAGUGAAGUGAACAUGGAAAUCUUCGGUGUGUUCAUGGCCAAGUUGGUGAAGACUGCUAGUAGAGUGACUCGUUACAGUGGGUCUCAGGUGAAGGAGGAGAAGUACAAGCCCAAGCGGGGUGCAGUGAAUACACACACCGAGACUCCCAGAGAUAUUCCCAAGAAUAUGCCCGAUAAGAAGAAGUGUCCCGCCUGUUCUCGAGAUCACCGGUUGCGGGACUGCAGCAAAUUCAAGUCAUUCGAUGUGGACGGAAGGUGGCAUUUUGUUCAACAAUACAACAUCUGCAGGAUCUGUCUGUUCCCACAUGGAAGAAGAUCUUGCCGAAGCAGUAGUCGCUGUGGAGUCAAUGCAUGUACCAAUCGACAUCAUCCAUUGCUUCAUUCAACCAAACCAGUAGCAGCUAGUGGUACUCAAGAUAAUUCGCCAUCACAUCCAGUCGCAAGCGGAAAUUUCUCUCAUAGUGCUUCAGAGGUUCCGUUUCUGUUCCGCAUUCUACCUAUUACGGUUCACGGCAAUGGCAAUUCGAAGGAGGUGUUCUCAUUCAUCGACGAAGGUUCUGCGCUUACGUUGGUGGAGGAAGCGUUGGUGAAAGAGCUUGGCAUUGAAGGUACCCCGCGAGAACUGUGUCUACAAUGGACUGGUAAAGUAUCACGAACAGAACGAGAAUCGAAGGUGAUUGAUCUGCAAGUUUCGAGCGUGACGGGAUUGAAGGCAACUCUGAAAGAGACAAGGACUGUAAAGAAGUUGGGCCUCACAAGUCAGUCACUGAAUUUCGAAAGAUUAACAACGCAAUAUUCCCAUCUCAAGGGACUUCCGGUCAGGAGCUACAGCAAUGCUACUCCGCGCGUUCUGAUCGGGGUCAACAACAUCCAUCUCACUGUUCCGCUGAAAAUCAAAGAAGGCCUAUUUCAUGAACCAAAGGCUACCAAAACCAGGAUGGGUUGGUGUGUGUACGGAGGCGUUUCAACGGGUAGAUCUACUCCAUUACUGAACUAUCAUGCUUGUAGUUGCACUAGUGAUGAAACCUUGCACAACAUAGUCCGCGAUUACUUUUCGUUGGAAGAAGCUGGUGUUUACCCUUCUGUUCAGAUAGAGUCCGAAGCUGAUAAGCGAGCACGAAGAAUUAUGCAAGAUACGUCCUCCAGAGUAGGGGAUAGAUUCCAAACUGGGCUAUUAUGGCGAUGCGAUGACUUCGAACUUCCAGAUUCAUAUCCGAUGGCAGUCAAACGGCUAGAGUGUUUGGAGCGGAAACUAAAUCGACACCCACAGUUACGGGAAAACGUUAUCCAGCAGCUCAAGAACUACCAAGCCAAGGGAUACGCUCAUAGAGCCACAGAAGAAGAACUCCUGAACUCCGAUCCGCGACGUGUGUGGUACUUACCGCUCGGAGUUGUUACCAAUCCUAAAAAGCCAUCAAAAGUACGUCUUAUCUGGGAUGCGUCUGCUACCGUUGAUCAAAUAUCGCUGAAUAAAAUGCUGCUUAAAGGACCUGAUGAGUUAACAACGUUGCCUCAUGUGCUUUUCCGUUUCCGUCAGUUCCCAGUCGCCGUUUGUGCGGACAUAGCCGAGAUGUUCCACCAAAUACAAAUAAUCCAAGCUGAUCGUCAAUCGCAGAGAUUUCUCUGGCGUACAGACCCUCAAGAACCCCCGGAAGUCUAUGUGAUGGAUGUAGCAACAUUUGGUUCCACCUGUUCCCCGGCUACAGCGCAGUAUAUCAAAAAUAGAAACGCGCAAGAGUUUGAGAAGGUCUAUCCACGGGCGGUUGAAGCCAUAGUUAAGUGUCACUACGUGGAUGACUACUUUGACAGUUUCGAGACGGAACUAGAAGCGGCAAAGGUUGCGCCGGAAGUUAAGAUGAUCCACGCAAAAGGCGGGUUCAAUUUACGUGACUGGAGAUCUAAUAGACCGGAAGUCCUACAACAUCUUGAUGGUGGAACCACAUCACAACCAAAAGAUCUGAGCAUAGAGAGCUCUCAUGGCUUUGAACGUGUUCUCGGCAUGCAUUGGUUGCCCCAGGAAGAUACCUUAAGCUACUCCACAGUUCUACCAUCCGAAAUUAAUGAAGUCAUUGCUACGAAAACACCUCCAACAAAGCGACAAUUACUACGAUGCCUAAUGUCCUUUUUCGACCCCCUUGGUCUCUUGGCAGCAUUCGUCGUUUACGGGAAAGUCCUUUUGCAAGACGUCUGGCGAUGUGGAACAUCUUGGGAUGAGAAAAUCGACGAAAAGUCCUUUGAGAAGUGGCAGAAAUGGGUAGAGUAUUUUCCGAAGGUCGAAAGCUUGCGUAUUCCUCGUUGCUACUUUUCUGAAAUCCGAACCAGUCAUUAUCAGAGUUUGGAACUACACAUCUUCGUAGAUGCCAGCGAAGACGCCUAUGCCGCCGUAGCUUACUUCCGCAUUUCGUAUCGAGAGGAAUUCAAGUGUAACUUAAUAUCAGCCAAAACUAAAGUAGCGCCGCUCAAACAUUGUUCUAUUCCUCGUUUGGAGCUGAUGGCCGCAGUGCUUGGAACGCGUCUGAUGAAGUUCGUGAUGGAAGGUCAUACAGUAAUUCCCCGACGUGUAAUAUUCUGGUCCGAUUCAAGUACCGUUCUUUCGUGGAUUCAGUCCGACCACCGGCGAUAUUCGCAGUUUGUGGCGUGCCGUGUAGGAGAGAUAUUGUCAACAACCAACAUCACCGACUGGCGAUGGGUUCCAUCGAAGUUAAACAUUGCUGACCAUGCCACCAAAUGGGCCCUUGGGCCACAGCUGCAGGCGGACGAUACGUGGUUUAGUGGUCCAGAGUUUCUGCAGAAGACCGAGAGGGAAUGGCCUCAACCGAGAAAGCUAACGUCGACGCCAGAAGAGCUUAAGGCCACCUGCGUACAUCACGUGCCCGUUGAUCUCGAAGUAGUGGUCGCGUUUUCCCGAUUUUCAAAGUGGGAGCGGCUGUUACGAUCUAUGUCAUGCGUGUACCGAUUCCUGGACCGAUACCUGAACGGAUUUCCAAAUCGCGCCAGGCUGCCGCGUGGACAUUUCCCGGGGCCACAAGAAGAGUUGUUAGCAGCAGAAAAUGCCUUGUUUCGUAUGGUCCAGAUGCAGGCCUUCCCAGAAGAAGUAGCUCUACUGAAAGCCAAUCAAGAUCUUCCAACUAAAUGCCAAGCUACUAUACCCAAGUCGAGUAAACUCUACAAGUUGACACCGUACCUCGAUGAACGUGGCGUACUUCGUAUAGACGGACGAGUCGGAGCGGCGAAAAAUGUUUCCACCGGUGCUAAGUUUCCGGUAAUCCUCGACAAAGAUCAUCCUGUGACAGAACUAAUAGUCCACUAUUAUCACCAGAAGUACCUACACGCCAAUUUCGAAACCGUUGUUAAUGAGCUGCGGCAGCAUUUCCACAUCAGUCAGAUCCGCCCAACUGUAAAGAGAGUUAUCCGUAAAUGUCAGUGGUGCAAGAUCUACAAGUCGAAGCCGAAGAUUCCCAAGAUGGCACCUCUACCCGAGGCAAGGCUUGCCUCCUACGUACGCCCCUUCAGUUUCGUGGGUUUAGAUCUCUUUGGCCCGGUGUUGGUGAAAGUGGGAAGAAGUUCGGUCAAGCGGUGGAUUGCCCUUUUCACCUGCAUGACCAUCAGAGCCGUUCACGUAGAAGUGGUCUACACGCUGAGUACAGAAUCCUGCAUCAUGGGUAUCCGCAGGUUCAUAGGACGACGAGGAGCUCCUAUUGAGAUCCAUUCCGACAACGGGACUAACUUCCGUGGUGCGGACAACAUACUGCAGCAACAAAUUCUCAAGUUCCACGAAGAUAUGGCCGCUACGUUUACCAAUGCCUCCACGAAAUGGGUCUUCAUACCUCCCGGAACCCCUCAUAUGGGGGGUUGCUGGGAACGCAUGGUACGAUCAGUUAAGACAGCUCUCGAGGCCAGUAUUCAAGAUGGGAGAAAGUUAGACGAUGAAGCCUUGUACACCUUAAUCGUCGACGCCGAAGGAAUUGUUAACUCGCGGCCGCUUACCUAUUUGCCGCUGGAGUCUGAGGCGAAUGAAGCGCUAACCCCAAACCAUUUUCUUUUGGGUAGCUCUACAGGGGUCAAACAACCGCCGAUGAACUUCAUCGACUUGGGUCGAACAUCGAACCGAACCUGGAAUCUUAUUCAAAACCAGCUGGACGGAUUUUGGCGUCGAUGGAUCCGGGAAUACCUCCCGACUAUCACGAAACGUACGAAAUGGUUUGGAGAAGUCAAACCGGUUGCAGCAGGAGAUUUGGUAGUAGUCGUAAACGAGGGUAGAAGAAAUGGUUGGGUUCGAGGUAAGGUCUUAGAGGUCAUAUUGGGCUCAGAUGGUCGAGUUAGGAAAGCGAUUAUUCAGACGACCAGAGGUCUCAGUCGUCAAGCAGUGUCCAAGUUGGCCGUUUUGGACGUCUUACCUACUUGUAACAAAGGAUCUCCCGCUUCUUCGACCUGUGUUACGGGGGGGAGGAUGUUGACAACUGGGAGCACUGCAGGAGGUGCACUUUGCGACGAGGAUCGUCGCUGUCAAUCAAGUGACGUUUAG